AUUGUAAGGCUGAAUGGCACAUCAAGGCGAAGCGCCAACAUUCUAUGACACUAGCCAAGAAAAUCCCCAUACUAUAUCCAUGUCUCCCAUGAUUGAGGAUCAACUUCAUAUUCGGCUGUGAGUUUGUGAGGACUCUAUUUUUAGUUGACAUCGGUGAAGAUGUGUUUUUGCAGUGUAUUGUGCCGGACCAUGAUGACAUCAAUACCGAAAUCCUCUUCGUGAGCGACACCUAGCUGACCCAAUCGUUACAACGUGGUUGAGAUAUAUAAGAAGAGGUAAUCCCUAGACUUUGGUCAGAUCUUAAACACUCAGCUUCACCAUCACCAAGAAACAUCAUCAACUACGCCUUCACACACCUAUCACACGAAUUCUUCUACCCCAUUCCUUGAAUACCAUCUUACCUAGCACCAUACAACAUGAAGUUCACAUACGGUCUCGUAACAGCCCUCCUAGUGGCAGCCACUGGAGCUUACAUUCCCCCGGAAGAUCUCGAAGACGGAAUCUACCUAGUCGGUAGAGGAACCGGAGACUCCGCGAAAUUCCGCCGCGACUUCGGAGCCCCCGUGCGCAUCGGCGACAUCGUCAAGCCAAACGACGCGCGUGGCUUCUUCCCCAACACAACCUCACCCCAAGAGUCGUCAGUAGAGCGUCGCGACGACUUCAUCCAUCACGAACGGAAGCACUACUGCGAAGACUACAACACGAUGACGCUCGCGGACUACACGAUCGCGAUGAACUCCUUCACGACCCGGUGCGAGAACCAGAAGGUACCCGCGCGCUCGAAGAGCGGGGCCAUCUGUAAUGGAUCUCAGGGGAUCCUGUUCGCCAAGGCCGGCUCGGCGAUCGUUUACCACUGCAACGUCUCCUGUCAACAGCAGAACUGCGGUGGUGGACACAUCUCGCCCUUCGAGUCUUGGGCUGAUAAGACUUGUGGCCGAUUAAAGGGUGCUUGGUUCUACUCUAGCUGGGACUUCACUAUGGGACGUUCGACUUGGGGCUCUGAAUUCUGUGGAAAGACCAUCUAGGAUGUCUUUUCGUCAAGGGAGAGGUAGAGGUGGACGUUGUAUAUGAUGGGAACUCACGUGUUUAUUUGUUAAGGAGCGCUUUUUCAACCGUUUAGAAUAUGUG